AUGACAACAGAAUUAAACAAAGCAAGUAUUCUGGACAGUGACAAACCUAACUUGUGUUCAAUAAUGCCAGAAAGUAGCUCUCCUAGUAAUAAAAAUAAUGACAAAAAUAUGAACCCUUCGGAACACUUGAAUGAUGAUGAGAAUAUUGACAAAAUGGAAAGAGAUGUUACUUGUGAGCUCAUGAAUGAUAACACAGAUGGCAAUAAACCAGAUUGUGACAGUAUUUCUAAAUCCAGUGAUGAAGGCAGUAUCAACAUGGCUCUUGUCUUGGAAGAUUCUUUUUCUGAUAAUGAUGAUAAGUCAGAGAUAUCUGAUACAGUUGCUGAUGAGAAACAAGGUGAAGCAGACAGGGAAAAUUGUUCAUCAGAAGUAAAUAAGACUCCAGAGAAUCCUACCAUCCAUGAUAAAUGUGACAGUAUCGCCAGGCAAAUUGAUAACAUGAGAUUUCGUGAUAAUUUGUUUGAGAUCAUUGAAGAGCUGAGAAUAAGAAGGAGUAUGGAUGCUGAGAGUGAAGAUAAAAUAAAACAGCUUGUGACAGAAAAGCAUGAACUUGAAAGAAAGUUGGAAUCAGAAAACCUCAGAAAUAAAAAUAUUAUCGACAAUCAUGAUCAAGAGAUAUCCGAUGUUAAAAAACAGUAUCAAGAUAAAAUUCACCAGUUAGAAGAAAAAACGACAAAGCACACUCUGACUGUAGAAAGGUCCAAUAAGCAGAUGACAGCUUUGAAAAAUGACAUCAGAACUUUAGAACUUUCAAGGUAUUCACUUGAAAAAAAGAUUCAAGAACAAGAACAAGUAAUUAAAGUGCAAAGUACAGCCAAAGAUGCCCAUGUAACUCAAGUAGCAAGCUUUGAACAGAGGGUGAAAGAUAUAUCAAACCAAGUCAAUGAAGUUACUCAACAAAUUCAAAAUCUUAAAGAAAAUGUGCAGACAUCUUGUGAACUAAACAAACAAUUAUCUUACACUAACCACCACCAACAAUGUCAGUUGGAGACUUGUAAAAAUGACUUGGAAAGAAAAGUCAAAGAAUUGAAAAAAUUAAGAAUUGAACUUGAUAAAAAACCAAAUGACUUGCAUAGGAAAUAUCAUGAGAAGAAACAGGAAGUUGAUACACUUCAACAACAAUUACAGAAGGAAAAAGAGACAGUGGUUCAUCUGCAGUCUCAGCUUACAUCCAUUCAAGAUGAAAACAUGAAGAAGUCACUUGAAGAUAGGUUGAAAACAUUACUAGAGGAUUAUGAAGCUUUGAGUAAAUCUCACUCUGAUCUUGAAGAAUUAAACACAACUUGGGCAAAAAAGAAUACUGAUCUGACCAUGGUACAACACUCCCUAAAGGAAAAACUGGAAGUAAAAGAAAAUGAACACCAUAAAUUGAGGCUUGAAAAUGAAAACAAAGUUUUGGAAGUACAAGAACAGCUUGAUGCAAGUAUGAGACAGGUAGUCAGUUUACAACAACAACUUCAUAAUCAAAAAUCUGAGAAAAACAACACAGGCCAAAACAAGAAUCUAAACAGCCACGAAGAGCAUGUUAGUUCAUUAACUUCAGAAAAUAAAGAAACUGGAACAAAAAAAGGGACAGAAAAUUAUAAGAAUGGUAAUCAUAAUAAUGAAAUCAUUGAUAAGACUGAGGCGAACGAGACAGAUGAACACAAAUGCACUAAAAGGCCAUGUAAUGUUCUGAAUGAAAGAGAACCACCACCAAAAAAAUUAAAAGAAAAAGAAUUGGCCAAGGAUGAAAUAAACAAAAUAUCUUCUGAAGACAACAGGAAGGUGAUGAUUCAGGACAUAAAAACUGGCGAAAAAGAACAAUCAAGACUUAAUGAAAAUCAAUUGUCUUGCAUCAUGAUUCCAGAUAAUGAUUCCAAGUUGACAGAAUCAUCAGAUGAUCAGCUGAUUUCAUCAACAACAAAUGGAACCAUAAAAUUAGAUGCAAGUCCUAGACCAGAUAUUCCACUUGAUCAAGCAGAAGUGUUGAAUCGGGUAUUAGACAGUGUUAAAAAACAGCAGCCUGUGCUGAUGAGUCAAGAAAACCAGAAUUUAUCCGCUAGUGAUCAACUGUCAAAUAUGAAAUCAUCAGGAUUUGGUGACACCUCCCUCAAAUUAGAGUCUUGUGCAAGAAAAGGUCCUGAAGGUAAUGAUGACACAAAGUCUGACCCUAUACUAUUUCUGUCAGCAAACUCGGUUACAGAUUCUGCUCACAAGAAGUCUGGCAUUGACACAUUAGGAGGGACAGUAGACCCUGGGGGCAGUGGUGACCUGAAAUCUGAUACUACGCUAUGUCGGACAACUGUCUCAGCAACAAAACUUGGUGAUGGUGAUUACAAAUCUAGAGACUGUGCUGAUGUAAAGUCUGAAGAAAGCCCAUCAAAGAAGAGAGUGUCCUUCAGUAAAACUGUCACAUACAGCCAUGAAGUGAAGAGCAAAUCACCCAAUGGUGGCACCUCCUCCACUGUUACUGGAAUUCUCAAAUCUGAAAAUUUGAAAAUGGCAAACAAAAAUGAAUACAGAGGUAGCAAAUUUGUGGGGACAAUAUUAAUGGCUAAACAAAACACACAGUCAGUACUUGCAGCUGAAAAUGAAAGCCAAUCAGUUCAAAAACAUGAAGAUUUAGAUGACCGAGUUGCCAGCCGUUCACUUAAUCCAGUCAAGAAUUUAAUCUCUGCUUUAGGAUCAACAGAGAGUCCAUCGCGUAUUAUUCCAGCCAUGUCGAAUCUGUCUGUUUCAUCAAAAGGUCUCAAAACCAUACCCAUGAUAACAACCCCAGUUCUACCAACACAAAGACUAUCCUCUUCUACUUUUUUACUCAAACCUACUUCCAGCUUCAUACCGCCAACCAAGGUAGACUCUAAUGUUUUCAAGUAUAAGUUUGUUCAUAUACCAGAGACAAUAUCAUCAACUGUCACUACCUCUGAUGGUCAAACAAGUUUUUCACAGCCUAAUUUACCAACAAGCAGUGACUGGUCAGUUGGCAAAGAGCCUGGUAUACAGCAAGUAUCAGAAACUAAGGGAGGUGUAACUACAAGUCCUUCAGUUGUACUGUUUUCUGAUGAUGAAGAUGAACCUAAUACUGGGAUAAGUGGUGAAAUUAAUAAAAUACAAAGCUUUCUGAAGAAAGACCGGCUUAGCACAUCAAAGUUACAUAAGCAACGAAAAAAAUCACUGUAG